AGGGAGAGGUGAGGGAGGAGUGAGGGAGCAGACGACCCGGCCACUGAUGUAACCUGCGGAGGUGGAGUAUUUCUGACGGAUACUUUUUUUUUUUUUUAACUGUCCCAGGGAUCAUCUACAUCCCCCACACAUGGCUCACCGGCUGCUGACGGCAGCCAGGAGGCUGGAAAGGCUGCUACAACAGGGCAAGAGAACAGGUUCUCUGGAUCCUCUUCUGGUAGGACAACAUCUCUCUCGGAUAAAUCUUCCAUACAGCACAACACUUCUUGAACAGUGGCAACAGUUCUGCCAGAAGCCUCCCCGUGGUUUUGAAAAAUAUUUUAAAGAAGGUACAAGCAAACCAGUUCCAGUAAACAAUGCUAAGACACAGCCCAAGUCCAGCUCCCCUGCAGAACCUUCGCAGAGAGCUACAACUAAGCCUUCAACUCCAAAGGACCCAUUUAACAUCAACUUGUUUGGCUCAGGAAGCAAGUCUGGAGGUGGCGGAAGAGGUGGAGGUGGCAGUGGUAAACCAAUUGGGGAGGGUGGUGAGCGUGACCGAUGGUUGGCUUUUGCAGCUCUGGUUGCCAUUGGAUUCCUGGGAAUAACAGCAUACUACCAGAUGGGAUAUCGUGAAAUUACAUGGAAAGAAUUUGCUAAAAAUUAUCUGGCUAAAGGCAUUGUUGAGAAGCUGGAAGUAAUCAACAAGAAAUGGGUUCGGGUGAAAUUGAUGACGGGUAACCAGGUUGAAGGUGCUACUACAUUGUGGUUCAGUAUAGGUUCAGUUGAUGCUUUUGAACGCAAUGUUGAGGCAGCACAAAUGGAGGCAGGAACAGAACCCAGCAACUUUAUCCCAGUUGUCUACAAGAAUGAACUUGAGGCUUCCACAUUUACAUCUUUCUUACCAACAUUGCUCAUAAUAGGUUUUUUGAUCUUCAUGAUGAGACGGUCAGCUCAGAUGAUGGGAGGGUCAGGUGGACGAAGGGGUGGAGGCCUGUUUGGUGGAGUGAUGGAAUCCACUGCUAAAAUGGUUAAUCCCAGUGAUAUUGGUGUUAAGUUCCAAGAUGUUGCAGGAUGUGAGGAGGCUAAAGUGGAGAUUAUGGAGUUCGUUAAUUUUUUGAAAAACCCACAACAAUAUACCGAGCUUGGUGCCAAGAUUCCCAAGGGUGCUAUACUUACAGGACCUCCAGGAACAGGCAAGACACUUUUAGCAAAGGCAACUGCUGGUGAAGCCAAUGUACCAUUUAUUUAUGUCUCUGGUUCUGAAUUCCUUGAGAUGUUCGUUGGUGUUGGUCCUUCACGUGUACGGGACAUGUUUGCAAUGGCUCGGAAGAAUGCUCCAUGUAUCCUCUUCAUGGAUGAAAUUGAUGCUGUUGGACGAAAGAGAGGAGGACGAAGCUUUGGUGGCCACUCUGAGCAGGAAAACACCUUGAACCAGUUACUGGUGGAGAUGGAUGGUUUCAACACCACCUCUAAUGUAGUGGUAUUGGCAGCCACCAACAGAGUUGAUAUUCUGGAUAAGGCACUGCUUAGACCAGGACGAUUUGACCGUCAGAUAUUUGUACCACCACCUGAUAUCAAAGGACGAGCUUCUAUUUUUAAGGUACACUUGGCUCCUCUAAAGACGCAGCUUGACAAAAAUGAAUUGUCAAGGAAGAUGGCAGCACUUACACCAGGAUUUACUGGAGCAGACAUCGGCAAUGUUUGUAAUGAAGCAGCACUGAUAGCUGCACGUGACGCUGAGGAGUCAAUUGUACUUAAGCAUUUUGAGGCAGCCAUUGAACGUGUUGUUGCUGGCAUGGAGAAGAAAACCAAUGUAUUGCAGCCAAAUGAAAAGAAAACUGUAGCUUUCCACGAAGCUGGUCAUGCUGUCUGUGGCUGGUUUUUGGAACAUGCUGACCCACUCCUUAAGGUUUCUAUCAUCCCACGUGGUAAAGGUCUCGGCUAUGCUCAGUACUUGCCAAAAGAGCAGUUCCUCUUUACUCAAGAGCAACUCUUUGAUCGCAUGUGUGUACUGCUUGGUGGUAGAGCCUCAGAGAGCAUCUUCUUUGGUGCUGUCACAACGGGUGCACAGGAUGACCUUCAAAAAGUCACAAAAUCAGCCUAUGCCCAGAUUGUGCAGUAUGGCAUGAACGAACGUAUUGGCCAACGUGUCUACCAGCUUCCAGAGCCAGGGGAAAUGGUUAUGGAGAAACCGUACAGUGAGAUGACUGCUCAGGCUAUAGAUGAAGAAGUAAAACUUCUUAUUGAUGCUGCUUAUAAGAGGACAAUGGAUCUUCUCUCAGAGAAAAAAGAAUUCAUCCAGAAGGUUGCCGAGAGACUGUUGGAACGUGAAAUUUUGAGCCGUGAUGAUAUGACUGAGCUCUUAGGCCCUCGACCUUUCAAAGAAAAAUCAACUUACGAAGAAUUUGUGGAAGGUACUGGGAGCUUUGAGGAAGAUACCACCUUACCCGAGGGGCUUAAGCAGUGGAAUAAAAGUAAAGAAGAAAUAGAGGCAAGUGAAGAAAAGAAGGUAGAGAAGAGUACCUAAUGAUUUUUUUUUUUUAUACAUGUGUGAUAAAUAUGCAAAAUCAUUGUUUCCCUAUUAUUGCUGUUGAGUCUUAGUGUGGUGGUGACCAGUGACUUAGCAUUGAAAACAAAGGCUUUGAGCUCCAAAAGUGGUUUUUAUACACACACAUAAUAGAUUGUCGCGUAACACAUGUUCAUACAGUACGUUAUUAAUAGAACACUAGUGAAAAUUUGUUUCCCACUAUCAUGUUGCAUGCUAUGGCAUGCAACACAGUAUUUUCCAGUAUUGCAUGCCAUGGCAGGUGAAAAAAUAAUCCUCUGCUUGCAUGCCAGUUCCCAUUAGAACACUAUGGGAUACAGCAUUUUCCCCUCUGUACCUCAGUUGGUCUACAGGUGAGUGCAUAGUCUUUAGAGGGAAGCCUAAUCUCAUUGUUCACACAGCCAGCUGCUAGUGAUGCCAGGAAGAAAACAUGACGGUUUAUACGAAAAUUGAGGUUAGUAUUUGUUAUUACACAUUUCUGUGCCUUUACCUACCCUAAUUUUACUUAUACAAUUGUUGAAUAUGUUGGUAAUUGAAAAGUUUAAAAGUAUUAUUAAAUGGGAAAGUUGUGUAGUGAAGUUAUAAUGUUACUGGCACAGCAGCUGGUAUUGUUGUGGUGGGGCAUUUGAGGACCACCACAGUACAGCAUUACUGAACCCUGCCAAGAGUCUCUGGAAGGACUAAACUGAAUCAGCAGCUAGCUUUCCCCAGGCUUUAAAAAUUGUAGGCAACAGUGGUAGCUGAUGAUCUUAGGUACUGACCUGCAGGGGUUGGGGCUUAGCUACAGACAUGGAAGUAGGUGAAAGUGCUGGUAGUUGAUACUGCCUGACAAGUUUCUAUUGGUAUCUUACACUUACAUAUGAACAGGUUGCACAAAGCCUAUUUCUCCCAUAUGUUCUUAAUUCACACAAAACACACUAUUCAGGAAAAUUAUUAUGAUUUGGGAUAGUGUGUGUCAAGCAACACACACAUGCAACCAGUGGAGAGGCAGGGCCAGGAGCUGUGACUCGACCCCUACAACCACAUAUGUGCACACAGAAUAAUUAAAAGUUACCGAGAACUCCUUAGCUGAUGUGAUGUAAAGUGCGUGUGUAUAUAUAUAUAUAUGUGUAUAUAUA